GUAUUUUCGUCCCCAUGCUCACUCUUAUCAUUGGCUUGGACCCCAAGUCUUCCACUGCCAUUUCCAAGUGUAUGAUCAUGGGUGCAGCAGGGUCAACAGUAUACUAUAAUCUGAGACUGAGGCACCCAACACUGGAAAUGCCCCUCAUAGAUUAUGACUUGCCAUUGCUCUUCCAGCCCAUGCUUAUGCUUGGGAUCAGCAUUGGAGUUACCCUCAAUAUCCUGUUUGCAGAUUGGAUGGUUACACUUCUGCUUAUCAUCCUCUUCAUCGGUACUUCAACUAAAGCCUUGAUCAAAGGUGUAGAUACAUGGAAGAAAGAGACAGUGAUGAAGAAGGAAGCAGCAAGGUUAGAAGCUGAGGAAUUCAAACUAUCUGAUGGAGCUGUUCAAGAUUAUAAAAUGUUACCUAGUGGCCCAAACGCCAUACGUCAUGAUGAUGAUGUUCCUCUGAUACAAAACAUACACUGGAACGAGUUAUCGCUGCUCGUUUACGCGUGGAUUGGUUUUCUCGUCGUUCAGAUUAUUAAGGAAUAUCUUCAAACUUGCUCAGUCAUGUAUUGGAUUGUGAACUCCCUGCAGAUACCUAUUGCUGCCUCUGUGACAGUCUUUGAAGCCAUAUGCUUAUACAAAGGGAGAAGGGUGAUUGCAUCAAAAGGAAAAGAAGUGACAAAUUGGUAGAUAUAUCAGAUUCUUCUUUACUGUUCUUGUGGCAUAAUUGCUGGUCUGGUUGGUGGUCUGCUUGGACUUGGAGGUGGCUUCAUCUUGGGUCCUCUUUUCCUUGAACUUGUAAUUCCCCCUCAGGUAGCAAAUGCAACAUCGACGUUUUCCAUGGCGUUUUCAUCGACGCUGUCGGUCGUACAAUAAUAUCUUCUCAAUAGUUUCCCUAUCCCAUAUGCCGCCUAUUUUGUUCUGGUAGCCACCAUAGCAGCCAUCACCGGGCAGCAUGUAGUCCGGAAAAUCAUCACCGUCUUCGGACGGACAUCUAUAAUCAUCUUCAUAUUAGCCUUGACGAUCUUUAUAAGUGCAAUAAGUUUAGGUGGAGUUGGCAUUGCUGAUAUGGUUGAAAAACUGGAAGAUGAAGAGUACAUGGGAUUUGAAAACCUCUGCAAGAUCUCUUGAGUUUCUUUUUUAUUUGUUAUUUUGAGCUUAUUUCUGAUGGAGCAGAGAGC